GGCUUCUAUAUGUAUUUCUCGAAUUUGAGUAAUGAUGAGGCAAAGGUGGGUCGGUUUAGAGGAAUGGAAGGCGGGAAAAUGGUGUCCAUCUCAGAGCUGGUUCAAGGUCGUCGUCCCCUCACCGCUACAUCCACUCUUCACUCUCCUCCCUCUACUUCGUCUCACACACCUCCCAUUUCCUCUUCAUCUUCCUUCCCAAACUCCAAUCUUCCUCCAUCUACCCCGGCAGGCGGUGUCACUGCCCCAAGAAUCCUCACCCCUCUCAACCACCCUUCAUAUCUCAUCGGAACCCUAGCCCUACCUUCCUACCUCCAUUCAACCCCUGCUCUUCCUUGUUGCUCCCACAGCACCUGCUUUGUCUUCUCCGAUGCUUCCUCCACUGUUUGCUGUGAUGUUCUCCAUCUUGAUCUUCGAAUCAUUGGCAACAGAAUCCGCGUUCUUUCCUGGAACUUCAUUCCUUCCAAGUGCGGCGGCUUCCUGGAGAUUAUUAGAUGGAGUUUCCUGGAUUCUACUGCUAGACUCAGUCGUUGUUCCAAUUUAGAUGCAUUUCCGUUGGUUUUGGGUUCUUCCUCUGAUUCUAAAGACGGUUCCAAGGGUCGUUAUAGCCUUCGCGGUGUAUUAGAGUCGGUCAGCCCUGUUUCAGUCAUCCCUUGUUCAGUUGUGACUCGUACUUCUAAAAGUGGUUCUGGUACAAAUUUUAGCACUCCAAGCAAUUUACGUGGAUUUCUUGCGCAGAUUAUGGUUUGUGAGUGCGAAUUAUGUUGUUCCAAAGAGGGGUUAAUGUCUUUGGACGAUCCACGUAAAGGGUUAAGGGGCCAUUGUUUUACUAAACCUCAGAUUCUUUACUUUUGUGGGUCUGGCUCAUCUUGGCAUCCAUUAUUUACAAAGCUUAUUGGAAAUGUUAUUUGUAUAUCACAUUUGAAGAAGAAGUUAGUUUUCAUUGGAAAGGAAGAAUCUCAGCUCAUGUAUGUAACCACAGGGAAGACUGUGCUCCGAGUGUUGAGCAUGGCCAAUCAAGAGCUUCCGCAUAAAGAGGCUGUAAUUAAGGGGAUGGGUGAAUGUGGCCUUUAUUCCGGCAUUAUAACAGGGAUAUACAUGCAAGGAAUGGUUAUAAAUUUGGAUGAACGAGUGUGGCUUUUGAUAACAGAUAGACUACUUAAUCCACCGCAUAGUCUUAGGGUGGGCGCACUAAUAUCCGUCAGAAAUAUCCACUUUCUGAAUCCAAAAUUUUCUUGGACAGAAAUGCUUAUACUUGGGUCUUGCUUUAAGACUAGCAUUAUUGUAGAAUGCUUCUCUCCAUUGGAAACUGGCUGCCAUAAGGUUUCACAAUCUCAGAGCCUGUUGGGGAAGUUUAUUGACUCAUUAGCAUUUUCUGCCAGACUAUGGGUGUUGCUUGUUGUUUCGUGUUUCAGGAAAAAGUUCUGUGGAAUACUAACAGAGAAGGAGAUUUUAGGAUCAAAACAUAGGGAAGGAUUGGUUCAGGUGUUUGCUAGGUCACAUUUACCUUCAUCAGUGUUUCAAUAUCGGUAUGGUGUAUUCAUGGAAUUCUGUAAGCAUGACUCAUGUGGCUGUGGGACUGAACCAAAUUAUGAUCAGCUAAAAUUGGUGGCACCCAUCUCUAAUCUUGUCCACCAUUGUGAAGCCAUGUGGAUGAAAAACCAAUUAGAAGGUGAUUGUGAAACAAUGGUCAACAACAACGAAUUUAGCCAGCUGUCCUGUGGAGGGAGAUCUCAUGGCCUUCCAAUUACAAGGAUUUUGCCUAGUGAAGCAAUAGGUGUUAUUUUGCUUGGAAGUUUAAAGAUUUCUCCUUCUGGAAGACUGCAAUUGAUUGACGCCACAGGCUGCAUUGACGUUGUUAUACCAGAUCUUCCAUCAGAUUGCAAUAGCAACAGCAUAUAUGAGGUAAAUGACUACAGUCUUGUUAUGGAAGGCAUGCCUGAUCACUUGGAUCAUUUUGGAUUAGUUGAAAUGGAGCCGUUCUCAUGCAGAAGUAUCUUCGAGAGUUCUCCAUUAGUGAGAGAGAUAAGUUUAACAAUGUAUGUUUACUUUCAUUUGCGAAAAUCAAGCCUUCAAAAAUUUCUUGUCCAUCCCCAUAUGAAUUUGAAGGAUAAUCUUAAGGAACCUGAAGAUGGAAGAUUUCAUAUGCUCCAUGUAACACACAAGUUUCCUGUGCUACAAAAGUUUCAAAAAGAUCAAGUUGUUUCAGAUGGAUUGAGCAUGCUUGUUGAGGCUGUGGUCUUGCCUUGGGAUUUGUUUCUUUCUGGGAAAAAUCCAACUAAGGUUUCCAAGGACCAGAAAAAGGAACCUAUGGAACUUUAUAACAGUAGAAACUACCAUGAGUAUGUUUCUUUCAAGAGAUGCAAAAUUGAUCAUGCAUCAAGCCGACUAUUGAGCUCAGGCUUAACAGAUAAGUCAAGUGUUGCUGGUAUGGGAUUGUGUGGUCAUCUGAGUGAUUGUUCUAGUGCUAAUAAACAAUAUCCAGUUGAAAUUCCAUGUCUGGCUUGCUGUAGAAGUGGCUGCCUUGUUAGUUCAGGAUCAUUGUAUUGCACAGAGGCUGCUUUAAAGUUUGGUGCUGGCUGCAAUCUGGGUGCACUAAAAGUAUUGCUAGAGUUCAAGUCAGAAAGUUUUUUCAAGUAUCAGUUGUUGCAAAUUGGAGGUUAUUACAUCACAAAGCACCAGAACAAAGAUCUUUUCUGCAAUCAUAGAGACUUUGAUUAUGUCAGAGGUGGUAAAUUUCUUAUUACCUCUGGAACAACUAUUUGGAGCUUGUCAUUCUCCUAUGAUGAGAUUUUCCACUAUACUGAUCCAUCAUUUGAUCCAGCAUUAGUCACUUGUCCUCUCCACAAUUCUCAGCAGACUGAACUAUUACUCCAGAGGUCCACUGAUAAUUGUCAUGAAAUGUGUUCAGAUAUUCAUCUCCAUCUCCCUGCUGAUUUAAAAAAUGAAUUGGAUGUGGAUUUUACGGUAUUAGAAAAAGAUCUGAUCAAGACAGCUCCAAAACUGGAAGAGGUUGCUAAUGUUCCUCUAUGCAUUGAAACAGCAAUGACUGCAUCAAUGCAAUCUUUUCAAACUGAUGAUUCUGCUUUCCUUUUGCCUGAGGGGAAUCUAGUGUCUCUACAGGGACAGGUCUUAGCUGUUCAUAAUCUCAACCACACUUCUCUUGAUGCACACUCGAGCAAUGAAAAUUAUGGUGAUGUUCGGCAGUUGAGACUCUCUAGGGGAGUGACAUGGAGCACGUGUAUUCAUGUCUUGAUGGACCAUCACAUUGUGAGCAUUUUUGGUGGCCUAAGUGAGCAUGCUUAUCCUACUGGAUUUGGAUCCGGGGUAGUUGCAACUUUUCAUCGAAUUCUAGAAUUGGGUGGGCAGAAUAGAUUGAUGUUGACACCUGUAUCAUUUAUUGCAAUCAACUCCAUGAAGCUAAACAAUGACCAAUACAAUGCUGAGUGUUCAAAUCCAGUUAAUGUUUCAGAGUUAUACAAUUUUGUCCCUCUAGAUGCAGUUUCUUCUUGUUUGAUCUCUGAGUUGAUUCAGUGCUUGGAGUGUAAGCCAAUGCAAUUUCACUGUAGGAUUGUGGCUGUCCAUUUUCUGGUGCUGGAGAAGAAUAGAAAAUCACAACCAAAAGUCCCCUGCAGGCUAUCUGUUGAUAUUCCACUUGCCAGUUUUGUAUUGGAUGAUGGGUCGUCCUCAUGUUGUUGCUGGGCUAAUGCUGAAAGAGCUGCAACCUUGCUAAGGCUACAUGAAGAAUUCCCAUUGAAAGCAUUUGGAAGCAGUAGCUGGAAAUUAAAGGGGAUUGGUAUAGACAAUGCCUGCAGGACCACUAUUUAUCAUCUGGACAAACUCUUAAAGAAGCAUGGAAGAAUUACUGUGAAAAACUACGGAUCUAUAUCUGAUUCUUCUAGUCAAGAUCUUAUGUUUUCUGUUGGUUCAAAUGAUCUCUUGAGCAGUUCAGAUGAGAACCUCCUCAAAUUCAUAAUCCUUAAUGCCUGCAUUGGAACAUUUUGGACUAUUAUUGGCGAUGUGAUGGAUUCUGAAGCUGUAGGGCAGUUGGAGGAACAUGUUCCAAAGAUGGGGAUGACAAUGCAUUCAAUGCAAAGUAUAUGGGCUAAAGAAGUUAGCUAUGUAAACCCUCUCACGGAGGCCAGGAAUAUGGUUGAAGAACUUCUAAACAGGUAAACAGCAGCGGGAUGUGCUUAAAGACUUUGUUUGGGCAACAUUUUUUACAAAUCAUGGCUGUUUCUCAAAAGCUACACCUGUUUAGCUGCCUGGGCUUCAUAGAUCUUCAGUUUUGGGUGCUACAUGUGGGUUAUAGGAUGCACUAGAAUUUUUCCAUUAGCAAGCGAGAGGAGACACCAGUUGGCCAGGUGGAAGAUGAAUAAUGGAAGUUGUAUUGUGUCAAAAUGUGGGACAAAAAUUGAAUUGUCAAGACUUCUCUCUGUGGACUGAAUAAUGAGGAGAGCAUGAUGGAUGUUUUAAUUAAAAAUUCAAGGAAAAAAAAGGCCAUGGUGGGAUCGGCCAUGAGGGUGGGUGUAGUUUAAAGGCAUUAAAGCCCGAGCCAGACGCCCAAGCUGGCGCAACAGCCAACGGGCAACAGCCAACAUAGAGGUAAAUUCUGCUCCCCUUAGUCAUGAUGUACGGUACCAUUGCAACGCUUAUCAAGCUGGAAUUUCAUUUUCUUAUUAUUCUAUUAAUAUUAUAUUAGACAGUGGUGUUUAAGCAUUUCAAACUUAAAAAGUGAGGGUAAUUUCUAGCCAUUUCCAACAACUAAAAAAAAGGGGAAACCGCAUAUCCAAAAGUCAAAGGUUGUUUUCCAUGGCUCCUAACAGUAACAGAAACAGUCUGAAAAAGCUCACGGGGAGACCAUUUGAAAAAAGGGCUUUUAUCUAGGGUUUGGACCCUCCAAGAUUCCCACCUUUUCUGCCUACUUUCACAGUUUCACAUUUGUUGGCCCUACGGUCCUAGUUUUCUUUAGUAUAACAUAACCAAAUAAAGGAAAAGAGGGGCCACCUUUUUACCUUAGAGUCCUGUAGAUCUACCCUCAUUUGUUGCUCUUUAUUUGAAUUCCUUACGCUGUCAAGUGCAGAUAUGCCACUUUGCUCUCUCCCCCCAUUGUUUUGAUGAUCUUGGGGAAAUUUUCUUGUGUUUCUAUUUCUAAACAGAUAUUUCGACGUUAUCAAAAUGCAUUUCGUUUUUUGGCCUCUCAUUCUUCUGUUGUGUGUACCACCUUCUCUGUUGAAGGCACUCUCAUCCGGUCAUGCUCCAUAAUGCACCCCCUCUGCAUUCGACCUCAACCUACAAAAACCUUUUGUCUCCCGGACCCCAAAGCUCUUAUUGGCAACUCUAGAAGGAGUCUCAAUCUGGGCCUUCUCUGAAAUGUCAAUGCCACUGGAUCAACUGCAACAGCCGCCGCCAUCAUUAUCUUACACUCGUUACUCAAGGCAUGGAUCAGUUGGUCCCGUCAUCGCUGUUCUCGCUGUCAUCGCAAUCUUAGGUACUCUCGCUGCUAUAGUCGGACGACUCUGCUCAGGAAGGAGAAUCAUGGGCCAUGGCCAAUACGAUAUUGAAAGUUGGUUGGAGGAAAAAUGCUCAUCUUGCAUUGAUGGAAGAGUCAAUCCACCACCACUGCCCAGUGCUGACAUAUCCGCUGGCUCCGUUCCACUAUCAAUUCCAAUCCAUACCCAAGAAGAAACUAAGCCGGACGAGCCAUCUUCUCAAAACCCACGUCCAAAAGGUGGUUCUUGAAAUGGGGUUUUCCAUGAUACAGUGAUAUCUUCUGCUUCGGUCCUGUUUCCUUUCUCAUCUUUUUGCCAGGGUACGUGUCGUGAGCGCGGGCCGCAUUUGAAGAAUGGAUUUUCCAUUGAUGAAAAGUGACUGAAAUGUUGAACUAUUUUUGCAUUUUUCUUUUCAUCGCCUCUGUUACAUUCCCAUAUUGUGGGACUUGGAAGAACUAUUUUCAACGAAUUUUCUCUCUUUAAAUA